AUGAAGGAUUCGUUCAAAAUCGAGCGGCCCAUACCGAAAUACGCCGAUGAGCGUCGAACCAGUGCCCCAGCUGUUUUGUGGAGUGCCGCGAAUCUCUUCGACGACAAGGUGAAGUCACGACGAAUGCUUUCGCUAGAGUGGUGGAAGUUCAGGAAGUCGAGCGAGAAGUUUUUAUGGUUCCCACGGGGGGACAUCGACCCCAAUUGA